AUGACUAAUGUACGACGUGGCCACACAGCAUCUAUAUUAUCAAAUGGAAAAGUAUUAGUUACUGGUGGAUAUAAUAAUAAUAUUGGUGAUUUAAAUAGUGCUGAGCUGUAUGAUCCAUCAACAGGUACUUGGACAACUACUGGCAACAUGAAUAAUGUACGAGGAGGUCACACAGCAUCUGUAUUGUCUAAUGGAAAAGUGUUAGUUACUGGUGGAUUUGGUAGUGGUCGUUAUUUAAAUAGUGCUGAGCUGUAUGAUCCAUCAACAGGUACUUGGACAACUACUGGUAGCAUGAAUAAUGCACGAAUAUAUCACACAGCAUCUGUGUUAUCAAAUGGAAAAGUAUUAGUUACUGGUGGAGUUGGUAAUAUUGGUUAUUUAAACAGUGCGGAGCUGUAUGAUCCAUCAACAGGUACUUGGACAACUACUGGUAACAUGACUAGUAUACGCAUUGUUCACACAGCAACUGUAUUAUCAAGUGAAAAAGUAUUAGUUACUGGUGGAAGGCAUGGUGAUAUUUUAAAUAGUACAGAAUUGUAUGAUCCACCAACAGGUACUUGGACAACUACUGGUAACAUGAUUAAUGUACGAAUGAGUCACACAGCAUCUAUGUUAUCAAAUGGAAAAGUAUUAGUUACUGGUGGAUGGAAUGGUAAUAAUGCUUUAGAUAAUGCUGAAUUGUAUGAUCCAUCGAUAGGUACUUGGACGACUAAUAGUAACUUGAAUGAUGCACGAUAUUAUCAUACAGCAUCUGUGUUAAGCAAUGGAAAAGUAUUAAUUACUUGCGGUACACCCAAUGAGCAUGAUUGUUUAAAUAGUGCUGAGUUGUAUGAUCCAUUAACAAGUACUUGGACAACUACUAGUAACAUGACUAAUGCACGAUAUGAUCACACAGCAUCUGUAUUAUCAAAUGGACAAGUAUUAGUUACUGGUGGUGCAGGCAGUGGUACUUUAAAUACUGCAGAAUUAUAUUAA